CGCGCCUCCACUGCUAUGGCGAUCGACAGAUUUCCCCACCCCCGGCAGCCCCGCCUCCACUGCCAUAGCAACUGGCUGGCAGGCCCCGCCCCUAGAGGAGCCCCGCCCCAGUGCCAUGGCGACCGCAGGCCCCGCCCCCAGACCCUGUGGUGUUUCCCCCUCCACCGGAGGUGUCGCGGUCGCUGCACCGUGAGGGACCGGCGGGAGUUGCUGCGGCCUUCCUUAUCCCUCCGCCCUCCGUCGAAUCCCACAGCCCGCCGGUUAUCGCGACAGCCCUCCACCGCAUCGCAAUUAACUCCGGCGGAAAAGCCCCGCUGUGCUUCCGGCGCUGUUCGGGGCGUGUCUGGCCGCGGCGCCACCCGCGUUCUAUGGUCCGCGGCGCUCCCAGGGUGCCCCGCGCCGCGGCCGGUACCCGGGAGGAGCGCGGCGGCGGGCGCUGGCCUGUCCGGGGCCUGUCUUGCCCCGGGGCUGCGCCUGCCCGCGGCCGCCAUGGAGCUGGAGGUGCCUGAGGAGGCGGAGGGUUCGGCCGCGGCGGGUGCCGGUGCCAUCACUCCGGAGGCCGGCGUAGGGGGACCGGACGCGUCAGGAGGUCUGGGCCCAAAGAAGACAGCCAUCACUGAGGGCCCAUCACUACCAGGACAGCCAGGACAAGGAAAGAAGAUUGGCCAUCGAAGCGUGGAUGCUUCUGGGGAAACCACCUACAAAAAGACCACCUCAUCCACUCUGAAGGGGGCCAUUCAGCUGGGGAUUGGAUAUACUGUGGGCAAUCUGAGCUCCAAGCCAGAGAGAGAUGUCCUGAUGCAGGACUUUUACGUGGUGGAGAGCAUUUUUUUCCCAAGUGAAGGCAGUAACCUCACCCCAGCUCACCACUACGCUGACUUCAGGUUCAAGACCUAUGCCCCAGUGGCUUUCCGGUACUUCCGAGAGCUCUUUGGGAUUCGUCCAGAUGAUUAUUUGUAUUCGUUAUGUAACGAGCCUCUGAUCGAGCUGUCCAACCCCGGGGCCAGUGGCUCCCUUUUCUAUGUCACCAGCGACGAUGAAUUCAUCAUAAAAACUGUGAUGCACAAGGAAGCUGAAUUCCUGCAGAAGCUCCUUCCUGGAUACUACAUGAAUCUGAACCAGAACCCCCGGACACUGCUGCCCAAGUUUUAUGGACUAUACUGUGUGCAGUCUGGGGGCAAAAACAUCCGUGUGGUCGUGAUGAACAACAUCCUGCCUCGAGUGGUGAAAAUGCACCUGAAAUUUGACCUCAAAGGUUCAACCUACAAACGCCGGGCAUCCAAGAAGGAAAAAGAGAAGUCCAGCCCUACUUACAAGGAUCUGGACUUCAUCCAAGACAUGCCCGAGGGCCUGAUGUUGGAUGCAGACACCUUCAGUGCUUUGGUGAAGACGUUGCAGCGAGACUGUCUGGUAUUGGAAAGUUUUAAAAUCAUGGACUACAGCCUCCUGCUUGGGGUUCAUAACAUAGACCAGCACGAGCGGGAGCAGCUGUCGGAGGGAGCCCACAGCACGUCGGAUGAGAAGCGUCCCGUGGGGCAGAAGGCCCUGUACUCCACAGCCAUGGAGUCUAUCCAGGGAGGGGCUGCCCGGGGCGAGUCCAUAGACACGGACGACACGAUGGGAGGGAUCCCAGCAGUGAACGGCAAAGGAGAGCGUCUCCUGCUGCACGUAGGAAUCAUAGAUAUCCUGCAGUCAUACAGGUUCAUCAAGAAGUUAGAACACACCUGGAAGGCCCUUGUCCAUGAUGGGGACACAGUGUCAGUACACAGACCCAGCUUUUAUGCAGAGAGAUUCUUCAAAUUCAUGACCAACACAGUGUUUCGAAAGAAUUCCUCUCUGAAGUCAUCCCCCUCGAAGAAGGGGCGCAGUGCCUUGCUGGCUGUGAAGACGGCAGGUCCCACCGCAGCAUUCUCAGCCAGCCAGCUGGCCUCCGACAAGGAUGACACCCAGUACGACCUGCGGGCGGCCAGGAGCUACCCCACGCUCGAUGAUGAAGGUGACAGCCCCGCUCAGGGUGCUAAACCUAACCAGGACAGGGAAGAAGCAGGCAGGCCAGACCUGCUCCCUUGCACUCCUCCUUCCUUUGAGGAAGCUACCACGGCCUCCAUAGCCACGACACUAUCGUCAACAUCUCUCUCUGUUCCCGAGCGAUCGCCCUCUGAGACCUCUGAGCAGCCCAGGUACAGGAGGCGUACACACUCCUCAGGGCAGGAUGGCAGGUCACACGAGGAGGUGCGGGUCGAGGAAGAGGUUCAGCAAAUCAGUGUUGAGCUGGAGCCCAAGUGUGACGUUGAAAUUGUAGCUCCUGAAGAAGAAGUCAAAGAAGAGGCAGCUUCUUCAGCCUGUGCCAUUGUCACAUCCACAGCCACUGUAGAGGUGGAGACAGCCAGCCAGGCCUCAGAACCAGCCAGCCAGGCCUCGGAUGAAGACGACGUGCCAGUCACAGACAUAUACUUUCCGACAGACGAGAGGAGUUGGGUUUACUCCCCGCUCCACUAUAGCGCUCAGCUCCACUCUGUCUCCGAUGAGGAGAGCGAUACAUAAUCUCUAUGCAGACACAGAAGUCCCAGAGAGCAGCGAUUCCCUCUGCAGGUCGAUGUGUUCCCUUUUCGUUGAUGCAGCCAUUCCAGUGGGAUGGGGAAGAGCUUGCUGACACCAGUAUUGCUGCACUGCAGGAUCCCGGGCACUGCAUUUCAGAAUGGAGCAAAACUAUAACCAUGUAUUUCUACUUACCCCAGACGUGGGCAGCAAAGAAACCACCCGCUCACCCGCAGCUCCUAGCAGAGAAUUCCAGCAGGGUGUAGAGAAUCCUGGGUAGUAACACAGUGUUUUCCAGAUGUGCACUACCGUAGCUACCUAUCCAUGUGUGAUACUGUGAACCUUUUUAAUUUUUUAAUCAUGUAUUUAUUUCUUUUAUCUUUGCACAGAGACAGCACAAAUGUGCUUUUUUAAACAUUUAGUUUACUGCACUUUUUUUUUUUUUCCAUAUAUUUGUGCAUCAAAAAGGAGCAUGACACUUCACUGAAGAAUGGGUAGGAGCACAUUGCUGGGGAGGGCAGGGAGCAGAGUGGCUUCAUGUGAGGCAGCAGUGUGGUCUGACCAGCUGAGGGAGUCAGGAGGUUUAAGGCUGUCCAGACUCUGCCACAGUUUUUCCAAGUGGCCCAAGGCGAGUCACUAAACCACUCUGUGCCUCGGUUUCCCCCAUGCUAGUGGGUGCACAGUACCUGCUUCUGUUACAGCACUUAAACCCUGGGAUGAAAGGUGCUAUGAAAAUGAAAUGUAUUAAAGGCCAUGGAAUAGAAUUGCUCCCAUGUUACCAUAGUCCAAAGCAGGCACGCCAAUUCAUUUGGAUCCAAACUCUCUAGUGACUUCUCCUGUCUGUAACACUGCGGGGCAGCACACAGUUCCUGGUGACAGUGACGUGGACUCCUCAGCUCUCCCCGAAGUCGUGAUGGGUUCCACCUUCACCCUGUGCUGCACUGCUGCGCCACCCCUCCCUCUGUGCUUGGAGUCCACACUUCAUCCGACCAGCCGCCGCCUCCUCCAGCCCCACAGGCAUGGACAGAUGGGAACUGGGCACCUCCCAAGCCUGGCCACGUUGGAGGACGAGUUCCCCACUCUGCCCAGCCCUCGUGGGGCAUGUCCAGACCCUCCAUCCUCCUGGAGCCACUCAGCCCCUCAUGUGCUCGUGGGGUGUACACUGGGUUCAGAAGGGAGACAAGGGCAUGUUCACACACUCAAGGCAGAAAUGGGAGCCUGGCUCUGCCACAGAAUUGUGCCAACUGCUGUGCUCGGGGACUCUCGGACAGAAAGCUGGGUGACUGGGGUGUUGCCUGGGGUCACGUCUGCUGGUGGAAAUCCCUGCUGCAGGUGUCUGAGAGGGUUUGCUUUGCGAGGGCUGCGUAAAGGUGAGAGAAUUUGAUGUCACGGGGUAGUGUUCAGGCUCAUCCAUCAGCAGGACACAUAUCAUAGCAUAGUCUGGAAUCCAGCAAUCUCAUCCUCAUCUCCCAGAGAGAAACCAAGAAACCCUUUAGACCAGAGGGAGACAGGUUUUGUUCAUGUACUUUAUGAACCUCGCUUGAAAAUAAGGUUGAAAUCUCUUUAUUCCCUUUACAAUCUUAACUGUCCUUGGGAUUCUUUGUAGAGGGGUGGGGAAGCGGGACCCUGCUCUCAGGCCUCAGUCCCCACAAUCUGUCUUCACAGCAGCACUCAGGAGUGGUUAUGUUGGGUCCCAGAAGGUAGCUGUGCUGAUGGGAAGCUCUUCCUUCUGUACUGUCCUGAACUUAGUGAAAAUCUUCAGGAACUGAUGUUUUUUUCUUGCCCAGAAUGCAGGACCUGGACUUCUCUUCCCUGCCUGUAGAUGCAGAAGGCUGUGUGAGUUGUGCUUCUUUGGAGCACAGUCUGGGGAUUGUGCAAGUUGCUGCUGUUCAUGUAUCCAUGUAUUUACCAAAUAGUCUAUCAAAAGUCAAUCUCAAGAAACUCUCCCCUUUCUAUUGCUGCUUGACAGCUCAUUCUCCCAGCUGCAGCUCCUGCCCUAUCCCACCUUCCCGUGCACACAGGGGGCUCUGGCUCGGGGGUUGGUGGAGGGGAAUGGGAGCCUUGCAAUACCUACAGCCUCAUCUACCUUUGGUCUCAAGGCAAGGGGCUUCAAAAAGAUAAAAAUUCAACCUCUUUUUCCUCCAGCAGUGUGUGUAGAGUGUCCAGAGGGAGCCACACCUGUGCUGCAGCUGCUGCUGUUGGGUGCUGUGCUGGAGGAGGGGGCUCCGGGGGGGAAACCAGGGUGGGCUCGAGCUGGUCUGGCCCAGGCCCCUGCCCUGGGACCACCUCAGUCAGGGCUGGAGGGUUUGGCCUCAUCAGGACUUUCCAGCCACCUGAAAUCAAGCAUCUUUUUUGAGAUGGUUUAAGCAUGAUUGGUAGAGAUUUUGUUUCUUCCCCUCGUUUCUAGGGGGUCUCUGAAGCUUCUUGGCCUCUGUGCAAGGAGUGUCCCAGAGAAUGAGAUUUGUGAGCUGGAGCUGUACUUGGGUCCUGAGAGAGGGGGUGAACCCAGAGCUCCUACAGCAUGUUCAUUCAAAGAAUUGUCUUUCCUUUCUAAGAUGAUCCUUGUACAAUUCUGUACACUUUGGGCUGGUCUGGACGGGAUGGGGUAGUCCUGUAAGAGGACAGGCAGAGACUUAGAACAGCUUUGUCAUGGGGACAAAGAGGAAGCUUCCUGUAGGCAGAUACUGAUCUGAAAUGGAGACUGCCCUUGUUCAGGCUGGCACAGUCCCUGCCAUGUCACUUCCUGUCCCAGCAGCUCAGUGCUGAGGACCUGUUCGGCCUCUGCUUCCCAUGGAGGCUGAAAGGACUUUGGAUUUUAGAGCUCAUUCUUGGCCCCCUCUGCAUGGCAUUGUAGGGGAGUAGCACAAGCUCUGGAGCAUGUCACAUGUACUGCCAGUGCUGCCUGGGUAAGAACAGCACUUGCCCAUGGCAAAGAGCACCCUUGGUUUGAGUGUUCCUCCAUCUGCACUUCAGCUCAUUCUGGACUUGAAUGCUGUUCUCUGCCAGGUUCUACUGAGUGAGCCAGCAGGUGCUGUCUGGGCUCUCCAUCAUUAAAAGAGUCUUGUACUCUGAGAUUUGACCCCACAGGACAUCCCCUUCCUACGUAGGUCUGUGUGCCACGGCUGUCCUUCAUCCCCAUCGUCCCAGCCGGGAUCUCAGGCUCUCUGCGACAUGUCCUGACCAUUGCCUGGUGCUGGAGCUGCACGUGAGCUCUCGCUGCCACGUAAGGGACUGGCAGGAGAAAAUGGGCAUCUCUGUCCUUGAGUUUGCAGUCGGGCUCCUAUAAAGGCUCUAGGGCAAACCCAGAAGCUCGUAGAGACCCUCAACACGUGCAGAGGGGAUGCAGCUUUUGGUUGCCCCUGCCUCUCUGGUCACGUGUGCUGGAAUUGCAUUUCGGAGAGCUUUUUAGCAAAGCAGGAGCAUUCAUAGACCUUGGUCCGAGGCAGGCAGAGGCGCUUGCAGGGCUCCAUAACCCCCUGCAUUCCCCUUACCAUUCCCAGCCACUGCUUCAGCGCUUCUCAAAUGGACAAGGAGAGGCGUCCUGGCUCUUGUCUGAGGGCUUUUUUCUGUCCAUGUCUACAUGCGCCAAUUCUGUCCUGAUGGCUGUCCCUCUUCCCACCCAUGCCUGUCCUGGUGGCUGUCCCAGUCCCCACGCGUGUCCCGGUGGAUGUUCCCGUGGAUGUUGCUGUUCCCACACAUGUCCCUGUCCGCGCUGCGCGUGCACCGUGUGCCGAAUGUACAGCGGAGGGGACGCCGAUGUUGGGGUGUUAUCCUGUCUCUGUGUUGGGGGCUCGAGGCCUGGGCGCUUUUUUGUUUUCUGGGUUGUUUUGAGGGUUUUUUCUCCUCCUUCUCCGGGGAGCCCUUUUUCCAGAGACCUGUACCCCGCUCUGAUAAAACGUUCUGCAGUCUGUGCUGUA